AUGGCUAUGGACGGUAUUUCAACUUCAACACUAGCAGAAAGGAACUUUCCAAUCCUUGUUUUCUUCAAAGAUUAUAGGAUUGCACUCAAGUUGGACACACUUGGACGUGAAAUACUUUCGAUUGCUAUACCCAUAACCAUGGCAUUAGCUGCGGACCCCGUUGCUUCUUUGAUCGACACCAUCUACAUUGGCCGUAUAGGACCGGUGGAGAUUGCUGCUGUUGGAAUAUCAAUCGCGCUUUUUAAUCAAGUUUCAAAAGUUGCGAUAUUCCCACUUGUUAGUAUUACAACGUCGUUUGUUGCUGAGGAGGAGACGAUAGAAAAAAUCAACACAAAGGUGAUAGAGGCUGAGGAGAUGAAGAGCGGUUAUAUCGAUAAGGUGUCAACCAAAGGAGAGGCGCUAGAGAUUGUAGUUGGGAACUCGGAUGAUGGUUUGAAAGAAAAGGGCGACCAAAAGGAGUCUGCUACACCUGAAGACGAUCCUAAAACAAGCUCAUGCGAGCCUACAGAUAUUACUGAUCAUCAGAACACGAAUGCGCCUAAUGUUAAGAUACCGAAAAGAAAUAUCCCUUCGGCUUCAACAGCGUUGUUGUUCGGUUUAGCGCUUGGUGUUCUCGAAACACUCUUCUUUGCACUUCUUGCCAAACCACUUUUAAGUUUGUCAGGAGUUAAACCCGGCUCUCCAAUGCUAAAACCGGCAUACCAUUAUUUGGCACUACGAUCACUAGGAGCUCCCGCGGUUCUUUUUUCUUUGGCAAUUCAAGGAGUCUUUCGCGGUUUCAAAGAUACCAAAACCCCUUUAUAUGCCACCGUUGCAGGCGAUGUAGUGAAUGUAAUCUUGGAUCCACUUCUUAUAUUCACUUGCAAUUUGGGUGUUAGCGGUGCAGCUAUUGCUCAUGUUCUUUCCCAAUACUUGAUAUCCUUAAUUAUGCUAGUCAAGUUGAUACAACAAGUUAAUCUACUACCUCUGAGCAUUAAGUCUUUGCAGUUCAGCCGCUUUCUUAGAAGUGGUUCGCUAUUGUUGUUUCGAGUCAUAGCAGCAACCAUCCCCGUUACACUCGCUGCAUCCUUGGCUACGAGAUUGGGUGCAACAACCAUGGCUGCAUUUCAAAUUUGCUUACAGGUCUGGUUGACCUCUUCACUGCUCUCAGAUGGUUUAGCCGUUGCUGGACAGGCCAUAAUCGCUUCAUCGUUUGCUGAAAAGAACUAUGAAAAGGCAACGGCAGCCGCAACCCGAGUAUUGCAGAUGGGAUUUGUUUUGGGACUUGGAGUCACACUUUUAAUAGGACUUGGUCUGCAAUUUGGUUCUGGUGUUUUCACCAAAGACAUAAACGUGAAGCACAUCAUAACCAUGGGUGUCCCGUUUGUUGCUGGCACACAAACCAUCAAUUCAAUAGCAUUCAUAUUUGAUGGAGUUAACUUCGGGGCACAUGACUUUGCUUAUUCUGCAUACUCCAUGAUCCUAGUGUCUGUUGCGAGCAUUGGAUCAUUAUUUGGUUUGAACAUAGUUGCUGGUUUUGUUGGAAUAUGGUUCGCUUUGUCGAUUUUCAUGGGAUUACGUGCUAUCACAGGCGUAUGGAGGAUGGGAACAGGAACGGGUCCAUGGUCUUUUCUUAGGAAGUAG